AUGCCCUAUUUCCCAGGAUGGAAUCCCCUCUUCUUGUUUGUCUACAUCUUUACAUUUGUAACAGGGCUUCCCCUGAACAUAGCGGCCCUGUGUACGCUCAUUAAAAAAUUUAGGCUUGGUGUCGUACCGGUGGACAUCCUGCUAGUCAACCUGACCGUUUCUGAUUUGCUUCUUUUGAUGUUUCUUCCCUUUCGUAUGAUGGAAGCAGCAUUUGACAUGAAUUGGAAUAUGCCAUAUGUUUUUUGUUCUUUAUCGGCGUUUAUGUACUUCAGCAGCAUUUACAUCACCUCUCUCUUUCUCAUGGCCAUCAGCGUGGAGAGGUAUCUAGCUAUCGCCUUUCCUAUCAAAUACAAGCUUCUCCGGAGAUCACUCUACUCAGUCAUGGCAUGCAUCUUCAUCUGGAUCAUUGCAACAGUGCACUGCAGUAUUGUCUACAUCGUGGAGCAUGCCAUGCCCAGUAAUAUGACGGAAACAAAUCAUACCAUGUGUUACAGUACAUUUUCUCCACCCCAGCUAAAAAUUCUACUCCCGGUGAGGUUUGAAAUUAGUGUGCUUCUCUUCUUCGUCCCGUUUCUCAUCACAGUCUUCUGUUAUGGCAACUUCAUCAAGAUCAUCUUGUCUCAGGCUCGUCUGGAGAAAAAGAGGAAAAUGAGGGCCAUCUGCCUAGUGGCAGUCACGCUCGUUAAUUUCAUCAUUUGUUUCAUGCCCUAUAAUGUAUCUCAUGUUGUGGGCUUUUUUCAGGGCCACAGCCCAUACUGGAGAGACUACACUCUGCUCUUAAGCACCUUCAACGCUUCAUUGGAUCCCCUGAUAUUCUACUUCUCAUCGGCUUCGUUUAAGAAAGCCUUUUUGGAGGGGCUGGUGGACAUUUUAAAAAAGUUGCAUUUUGGAAAAUAUUGUUAUAAAAUUUGUAUCGCUCCUUGUGAGAAAGAGACUAAAGCGAUCAAAGUUUCUUCUUAG